AUGGUUUUACCCCACCAGUCCCUGCUCCUGCGACAAUCAUUAGCUUCCAGACUUGGUGCCGUUGCCCCGCGUAGGUGGGUGUCUUCCAAGUCGACGCCUCUACCGCGAACCAUCGUUUCUCUUCUCAAUGGAAUCUCAAAUAUCCAUGUCGAUCUCGGAGAGACCAAAAACAGCACUGUCGCCAAUGGGGAGGAGGAGAUGGCUCCGCCGGUGGUAACGGUGCAUGGUUGGAUCCGUUCAGCAGUCUUGACGAAGGAACAGAGUGAGGGCCUCGCAACCGGGGCAAGCGUCAAGAUUACGGGAGAAUGGAAGAAAUCUAUUUCUGGCGGGAAACAGGCGAAAGAACUACUGGCCCAAGAAGUAAAAAUAAUUGGAGAAGCAGAUCCUGAAACAUACCCUCUUCAAAAGAAGUACCAAACUGCAGAAUACCUACGAUCAUUACCUCAUCUCCGCUCCCGUAUUCCCGGCAACAGCAACCUCCUCCAACUCCGUUCUUACAUGAUAUCCCGGCUCACAGCCUUCUUCUCCUCCCAUGAAUUCGUCCAAUGUCAUCCUCCAAUCAUCACCUCCUCGGAUGCUGAAGGUGCCGGCGAGGUUUUCACAGUCUCUUCCAAUGCCGCCGCGACCAAUGAAAACAAGGCUGCACACUUCUUUAGAGACCCAAAAUACUUGACAGUGUCUAGCCAGCUUCAUUUGGAAGCCCUGGCGGCAGCGCUGCCGAGAGUGUGGACAUUGUCGCCGACGUUUAGGGCGGAGAAGUCGGAUACGGCUAGGCAUCUGAGCGAGUUCUACAUGCUGGAGGUUGAAACCUCAUUCAUAGACUCUUUGGAGCCACUUCUAAACACAGUCGAAGAUAUGGCGAAGGAUCUCGUUAGAGGGAUCUCAAACUCGCGUGUGGGCGCCGAAACCCUCUCUUCGGCCGGUGAAAAGGCCGGUGAAAUUGAGGAGCGCUGGAAGGGUCUACUCGAGAAUGAAUGGUCACGUAUCACCUACACUGAAGCAGUUGACGGGCUCCAAGCCGCCGUAAACCGCGGUGAAGUCAAGUUUGUAUUUCCUCCGACAUGGGGUGUGGGGCUGCAAGCCGAGCAUGAAAAGUUUUUGGCUCAGACACUUGGGGGUGGUGGGAAGGGCGGCCCGGUAUUUGUCACGGACUAUCCCCGCGAUCUAAAGCCUUUCUAUAUGCUGCCUUCUCGCGGAGAGACACAAGAGGGGAGAGAGACAGUAGCCUGCUUUGAUCUCCUGCUUCCUGUUGUAGGAGAGCUCGUUGGGGGCUCUCUUAGGGAACACCGGUAUGAGGAACUUGUAGGCGCCAUGAAGAAGAUGGACCUUGUUCCUGAAGACGAGGAUGAAUUGGGGAAUCUCAGGUGGUAUGCAGAACUACGGAAAUGGGGCUCUACUGAGCAUGGUGGCUUUGGGAUGGGAUUUGAUAGACUACUCUGUUAUUUGGCUGGGGUUGACAAUAUCAGAGAAACGGUCACCUUUCCCAGAUGGGUUGGAAGGUGCGAUUGCUAG